AUGGCAGAAGAAGCUCCAGCAGCAGCCCCCGCCAAGGCUCCGGCCAAAGCCCCGAAGAAGAAGUCCGUUUCUAAGAAGACCGAUGGACCGUCCCUGCCCAAGCUCAUCAUCGCUGCCGUGGCCGACUCCAAGGAGCGCAAAGGUCUGUCCUUAGCGGCUCUGAAGAAGAUCCUGGCAGGCAAGGGAGUGGACGUGGCCAAGUCCAACAAGAGGAUCAACACUGCCGUUAUCAAACUGGUGGGCAAAGGCACCCUGAGCCAGACUAAGGGAACUGGAGCGUCUGGAUCCUUCAAACUAGCCAAGAAGGAGCCCAAGGCGGCCAAGAAACCCGCAAAGAAGGCAGCAAAGAAGCCCGCAGCUAAGGCUAAGAAGCCCGCUGCCAAGAAGUCACCUGCAAAGAAGAAGCCAGCAGCCAAGAAACCUGCAGCCAAGAAAUCUCCGAAGAAGGCCGCUGCUAAGAAACCUGCAGCAAAGAAGCCUGCAGCCAAGAAACCAGCAGCGAAGAAGAGUCCCAAGAAGGCGGCUAAGAAACCUGCAGCCAAGAAACCUGCAGCAAAGAAGCCCGCAGCAAAGAAAGCCGCAGCCAAGAAGGCCAAGAAGUAAAUCUGAUCAACACAA